AUGUACACUAAGUUUGAUUGGAGUCAAACGGAUCCCAAGAGUGACGAGUUCUGUGGCCACAGACUCGAUGCCAUCGACUAUAUACUGGUCUCCGAUUGUCUCUAUUAUGAACAGAGUGUUCAACACCUAUACGACACAAUCGAGUGGUUGUCCUCAAAAGGGGCACAGGUUUUGCUGUCAUACGAGGACAGGGAUGACAAACAGCCAUUGAUUGAUAAAAUAUUCUUUGAGCGCAGAAUCGGACAACAAGUAUAA